AGAUUGUCACUGUCACUUCAGUAUCCGUUAUCCGGUCGGCGCUUGCGCAUAGGCGAAUAUUUAUCAUGUUCUAAGUUUUGCAAUUUCUUGCAGUUUUUUUGUUUUAAAUUAAAGUGAAUAAAAAAAUAUAUUCAAUUUUUAACAUGAAUAUAAUCUUAAUAAUAGGGGCGCUUCUAUCUAGCGGAAUAACUUUUGUCGGACCAUCGUCAGUGGCUAGGGGAGAAUAUGGAGAAAUUAAAUUAUUCCAGUCGCCGGCAACUUACAGCGUGGAAAGUAUGGUCCUGUUGAAUGACGCUGGCAGACAGGAUAAGGAGGUUGGAUAUAAAAUCGCCGGUAGUUUGGACGUUCAGGCCGUAUGGGGCAUUGACUCAGACUUCCUUUUAAAAUUCACUUUAAAUUCUCCAAAAUUAUUAGCUAGAGGGAAACUAGUUACAGCGGAUUAUUUACCCAUUAAAUCAAUUUGGGACUCUUAUUAUAAGACUGAAUUCUAUGCCCAUUGGAAAAAUGGAAUCAUUACUAACGCCUAUUUGAAUCCUGAUGAAGUUACUGAUGUAUUGAAUUAUAAAAAGUCUUUGAUAAGUCUUUUUCAGCUUCAAAUUAUAGAUGGAGAACACAAUGAAACUGAUGUUUCCGGGAAUUGUGAUGUAUUAUAUGAUUCUAUUUCCAUGCAGAUCAUCAGAAAGAUAAAGACAAAAUGUAAACAUCCCGAUACAAAAGAUUCAUCGGAAGGUGUAACAUCUCGUCGUCUUACAAGAUACACAUUGAGUGAAAAACUGGAUGCGAUAGAUGAAGUGCACGCUGAAGAAUUACAUACAGCUGGAUAUCAGGAAUUAAACGCCGCUAUAAAAGCACGCGCCUGGAUGCGCUUACGUCGAGAUGGUGUGCCACGGACCACAGCAACGAAGUACCCCGAUUUUGAGACUGCGAUAGCCGAGUUACCAUCAAAUCUGAAGCCAGUGGAGUUGCCUAUGCUUAUGACUGAAGAUGUUCUUGAUAAUGAAUUGAGUUUAGAAGAAGCUAUAAAUGAUGUGGUAUUGGAUGAUGAGGAGGAGGAGGCGGGUGGAGGUGGGGGCGGGCGCGCGCGCACUGCGCAGGCGGGGCUGCGUGCACUGCGCGCGCUGCGCAACGCGACACAGGAUCACAUAGCUGCGAUACUGCGCGCGCAGUCUGAUGCACGAUCAUUGACAGCGGUGUGCCGAGUGCUGGGUAGUGCGGGCAGUGCGCACACGCACGCGGGCGUGUCCCGCGAGCUGGCGCUGUCUGAGCGCGACGCCCCGCCCCCCGCCACACACUACCUGCACGCACUGCCACUGGCGCACGCUCCCGAUGAAUCAGUAGUACUGGACUUGGUCCGUCUGGGCACGGAGGCGCGGUGCGGGGCGGUGCGCGAGGCGGCGCUGCUGGCGGCGGCGGCGAGCGCGGCACGCCUCGCGAACCACGCCCCCCACCUCUCUCACACUCUCAGAGAUGCGCUCUCUAAACAUCUCGCACGAUGUCUUGACGAUGAAUGUCGUGCACUAGUGGCACGAGCACUCGGCAACCUGCAGCGCGCCGACACAGCUGAGCUACUGCUGGAGCAAGCUGAACGUGGCGGCGCUGCAGCACUGCACGCGCUUCAAGCACUUCAAGCGCUGCCACACGAAGCUAUAGGGCCGGCGAGACAACGUCGUCUGGCAGCGCUGGCGGCCAGUAUGCGUCCGCUGGAAGUGCGCGCUGCAGCGCUGGAUCUCUUCUUAGUGCGUGCGGCACCAUUGCCUCCUCCGUUAGUGCUGGCGCGGCUGUCGCACGAGCUGCACGUACACGCGCCUGCAGAGCUGCGCAGACUGUUCUGGCAGCGCGCGCACCAGCUCGCUGAGGAACAUAAGCCGCUAGCUGACGUGCUGGCCAUGCUGGCCCCGGAACAACGCGGCUGGAAUGCUUUGGCGAUAUCGGGUACAUCGUCAGCACUGGUGCGGCCAUUGGGUAUGUUCGGUGUGGGCGGGGGGCGGCUGGAGUCGCUGCAGCUGACGCCGGGCGGAGUGCUGCGUCGCGGUACUGUGCGGCUGAAUGUAGACGGCACACCAGCACCACUGCUCGCAAUCGAGUUAUGGACACGUGGGCUUGAGUCGCUGACGGGCGGGGUUAAGAGCUCCGAGGGCGGGGCUGAAGGCGGGGCCGAGGACGAGGAGGAAGACAUGAGCGGUGGAUUGGCGCUCACUGUGGGCGGGGCCCGACUACCCAGCGUCACACUCUUCGACGGACAGGCGCAGCUGCUGGGUCACGUGUGGGCGGGCACGGGCAGCACGCCGACGCCGGCCCUGCGCGCGCUGCAGCCGCUGGGCACGCGCAGCGCCGCACUGCCGCUGCUGGCCGCCGGCACGCUGCACCUGCACUCUCACUCGGCUGUCGCACUCGCGUUGGACGCACAGGCGCAGGUGUCGCUAUGGUCGCGUACGGCGCUGUCGGAGCUGGAGCUGCGCGUGGGCGCGGCGAGCGAGGCGCGCGCGUCACUGCACCUAGCGGGCGGGACGCUGCGAGCCCACGCCCAACACGCUGCGGAGCCACGCCUACGCGUCGCCGCACAUCUAGACUUCUACGACCGCAUGGCGCUCUGUGUCAAAGUCUCCACUGAGGAUCACGUGCGCAGAUCAAACACGACGCUACACUCUGAGCUGGGCAGUACACAACGCAAGGUACGACGUGAACGGCUGCUGGAGGUCCCGCAGCCCGGCCGCACGCUCGCACUAGGACCGCUCAACGACGCCGCCUGCAACACGCUGAUCGCAUAACGAGCACGCUAACACGCACGUCACGUCACGCAGGCACAAUUCUAGUUGUCACGUCACGUGCACAUCAAACGCCAAAGCGCUAUAUACCAAAUAUUGUGCAACUAUUCUCAAAUUAACAUUCCUAUUAACUCGCAUUUGAAUAUUAUGUUAUUAUUCGUGCUUAUACUAAGCCAGUACAGUAGCGCUGGCUUGGGCUUACUGCCGCCAGUUUUGAACGCUACUACUACUGUACUGGUAAAAUGUAGACAUCAGUUUUCGUAUAUCCGAGUAGCGAAUUCUAUAAUCAAUAGAAUAACUAAUACUAAUAUACAAUAACUGGAAAAUGUCUUAAUGUAACGUUUUCUUUAAUUAGCUUUUAAGUUAUUUCAAUAUUUUGGAAUCUCAUCCAUAAUGUCGUUACAUUAUUCGUUAAUAAUAAAUAUAAAAUCUAUUUUAUUGUAACUAUAGACUUCAUACCAUGAAAGUACAUUAUUAUAUUUUUGGACUGUGAGAUGCAGGAAAAAAUGGUGCGGUUUUUAAGCAAUAUAAUAAUCUGUUUCCAAUGUUUGGUUAACAAAAUUAUAUUAACUUAAGAUAAUUCUAUUAAAUUAAGGUAACAGUGUCGCGAAUUAAAGCAGCUUUAAUUGAAAGGUUUUUAUAUCUAAUGUUAAAAUAACUGAAAUUAUACGGAUUUAUAUUUUAUAUGAGU